AUGCCAAUUCAGGAGGACACUCAUCACAACCCCCCCAAGCCCGUCCACACAAUCGUGCUAGACGCCGGUCCCAUCUUGAAGAAUACCCCGCCGCUUUCUACCCUUCUCGCCCAAUGCGAAGAACUCGUUACGACCCCCACGGUGCUCAGCGAAAUCCGGGACCCCAAUGCUCGCCUGCGUGUCGAAACCAUGUACAUGCCCUUUGUUAAGCAGCGAUCACCAAACCCAACCAGUGUCAAUACUAUGAGCGAAUUCGCUCGUAAGACUGGUGACCGAUCCGUUCUGAGUCGAACCGAUAUCGAGGUCCUAGCGCUGGCCUAUGAGAUUGAGUGCGAGCGUAACCUAGGUGACUGGCGGCUGCGUAGUGUUCCUGGUCAGAAGCGAGUCAACGGAAGACCACCUGUGAAAGAGGAGCAGAAGCCUCAGGAUGCCCAACAGGAUGAAACUGCAGAGUCAAACGGCGUUGAGUCUAUCACAGAAGGUGUAAAGGACACAACCAUUGCCGAUGAUACUGAAGCUGAAGCCACACCUGGAGUGCAGACUAAGUCAACAACCGAAGAACCUUCGGCCAAGGCUACUCCAGAAGAUGGCACCCAAGAAGAAUCACAGGAGGAUGAUGCAGCCGAUUCCGAUGGGGGUGAAUGGAUCACUCCUUCCAACUACAAGAAAAAACUGGCCCGCGAUGACGCGAACGCUGCCGGAGCAGGUGCAUCAGAGCCGAAGACGAUGCAGGUUGCAACCAUGACUACUGAUUUUGCUUGUCAAAACGUUCUCCUUCAAAUGAACCUCAAUCUUCUAUCGACUUCAACAUUGCAGCGUAUCCAGCACCUGAAGUCGUUCAUCAAGCGUUGCCAUGCUUGUUUUCUCACCACUAAGGACAUGAGCAAGCAAUUCUGCCCUCGCUGCGGCAAAGACACCCUCACGCGUGUCUCCUGCACGACUACAGCCAACGGCCAGUUCACUAUGCAUCUCAAGAAGAACAUGCAAUGGAACAACCGAGGCAACGUCUACAGUGUCCCCAAGCCAGUGCACGGCAGUUCCAACGGAAAAUGGCAAGGCGGCGGCGGUAAAGGCGGAUGGGGAACAGAGCUCAUUCUUUCCGAGGACCAGAAAGAGUACACCCGAUCCACUGCAGAAGAAGAGCGCCGGCAGCGCCGCGAGCGCGAUCUCAUGGAUCAAGACUACCUCCCUGGUAUCCUGACCGGCGAGCGCAACAGAAUGGGCGGUCGUGUGAAGGUUGGCGCUGGCCGAAAUGUGAACUCGAGGAAGCGUUAG